AUGGCCUGCCCUUAUGCACUAUCUGUUGAACGUGAAAACGAAACAUCAACAGCAACUGAUAAGUUAACUGUAAAUGGCUCAGUUAAUAAUGAGGCUCUUUCUGAAAUUCUUUCUUUAACUGGUUAUGGCCCAACAAGCUCAGCUAAACCUGAAUUAAAACGUUUACCAUCAAGUGAUGAAUUAGUUACCUAUCAUAAUUAUUUACAAUUAAAUAAACUUCUUGAUAGUCAACUAUUAUUAAGUUCAAAACAUGAUGACAAUAAAGGUACUGUUCAUGAUGAACAUUUAUUUAUAAUUAUACAUCAAAGUUUUGAACUUUGGUUUAAACAAAUCAUUUGGGAAAUUGAUUCUCUUCGUAAAAUAUUUACUAAUGACAUUAUUGAUGAAACUCAUAUGUUUGUAUCAAUAAAUCGUCUUCAACGAUGUGCUCAAAUUUGGCAUCUAUUAUGUGAUAAAAUAAGUAUUUUAGAAACAAUGACACCACUUGAUUUUAUGGAAUUUCGUUCAUAUUUAUCACCGGCUAGUGGUUUUCAAAGUUUACAAUUUCGUUUAAUUGAAAAUAAAUUAGGUUUAACAGAUAAAUUUCGAGUUGUUUAUAAUCAAGUAUCAUAUAAAAAUGCUUUUCCAAUUGAAUUUCAACAAAGAGAAUUAAUGAAUUCUCUAGAACAGCCAACAUUACUCGCACUUAUUGAACGAUGGCUUGAACGAACACCUGGCCUUACAGAUUCAAAUUUUAAUUUUCGUGAAAGAUACAAACGAUCGGUUGCUCAAUAUAUUAACUUUCUUCAAACAAAUGCUGAAAGUGAACCAAAUCCAACAGCACAUGAUGCAGCUAUUGAAGAUGUAAAGAAAACGGCUGAUACAUUUCGAUCAUUAAUUGAUGAAAAAUUUCAUCAACAAUUAGUAGCAAGAGGUGAACGACGUAUGAGUCAUCAAGCUUGUCUAGGUGCUCUUAUGAUCAUGCUCUAUCGAGAACAACCACGUUUUCAAGGUCCUUAUCAAAUUUUAUCAUUAUUGAUGGAUAUUGAUGCACUUAUUACUAAAUGGCGAUAUAAUCAUGUAAUACUUGUUCAACGACAAAUUGGUAAUAAACAAGGUACAGGUGGUUCAGCUGGUUAUAGUUAUUUACGAUCAACUUGCAGUGAUCGUUAUAAGAUCUUUAUUGAUUUAUUUAAUCUUGCAUCAUUUCUUGUUCCACGUGAAUUUAUACCAAAAUUAACAAAUGAAAUGAGAUUACGUUUAUCUAUAGCUAGUGUUGAUGGAAUAUCAGACGAUGAAAAAGAAUAUCAACCAUCAGAAACAAAUUCCAAAGAAUAA